AUGCAGCCUUCACUGGUAUUUGGUGUGUGUAUUGUGGUUUGCUUGGUUGGUUUGCUAACAGCACAGUGUCACCGUUACGAUGUCAAUGGAUGUAGUAUACCAUAUAAUUUACCCUAUUUUUAUAAACAGAGUUUUACACCAUCCUGUGACAAACAUGACGUCUGUUAUGAGUGUGGAGCUGCAAAGGGGAUACCAAAAACUACGUGUGAUAUUAAACUGUAUAAUGAUAUAAAAGCUGUGUGUGCGUCUCAUGGUGUUGGAAGACGAGAUGUUGAUAAACGAAGUCUGAUCAGUCAGUUCUGUAAUCUGGUGUCUGUUAGUUACUAUGAAGCUGUCAAACAUUUCGGCGCUGGCUAUUUCUCUCAAGUAUCCCCAAGUUGGUGCAGCGAAAGCUGGGUUAGAGGAUGUCUUCCUUAG